CUUUGCUGCUCGUCUUCUCUUUUUGUUCGUUUUCCCACUCAUCUAGCGACCCAGCAAGUCUAGCACUAGAUACACAUUCUGUAUGCUCUUCGCUGGCAGAAGUCUUUGCUCUUGAUAAUUCUAUUCUGCGUACUCUUAACAUGGCUGCCCACCGAGAAGACUCCACCACUAAGCCACCCGGCUUAGCUGACCCCUCGGAAACAAAGGCGCCGAACAACGCAAGUGCCGCAGAGGUUAUGAAAUCUUUUGAAGGGUUUCUCUCCUUCGUUCUCAGCCUUUCCAUCUUUGGUGCUUCAACUUUCGCUGUCAUUGUGUCAGAAAUUGCAAACCCUAGCGAGCUCGGGGCGAAUCCACGCUUUACUCGUGAGACCGUUCGAACCCUGCUUGGUAUCUCCUGGUUACUCUUUAUCGCUGCGCUUUAUUUAGUGGCUGUUUCCAUGAGCCUCCUAGCAUUUCGGCGAGAGCAUGCUAAGCCAUCGUCUGAUGGCAUUGGCAAACAUGCAUGGGAGCGCCUAGGGCUCGUGGCUUCAUCUUUUAUCCAGCUCUUGGUAAUCGCGGCAUUCCUGUUCCUUUCGCUUGUUCUUGUGGCAUACACUCCGGCGGUUGGAUGGGUUGCGGUUACAUUCACUUCGAUAGCGGCAGCCUUCGCCUUUGUAUCACUCGCAAUUCAAUGGAUCGAGCUUUCUAGGCAUAGACCCGGGACGUGUUUGUAGAUGAAAUUCGAUGCAGAAGCUGGUUAGGGCACUUGGAAAGCCUACAUACAGGAUUUGGAUCAAAGAACUCAAUACCCUCUUGUAACUGAGAAAGAGUUAUUCUGACUCCAGGCUACAAUGUAGUUCUUCUCCAAGUAUAGUUAGGCUAGAGUAAACACAGGCUAACUUUGAAGCCCUUUGACCAGCGAAGCGUAGAUUUUGCUGUAUACGGUGCAUUUAAUUGUGCAGGUAUAUAUAGGUACGAUAGAGAAAGUAUAUACAAGUAAUGAAUGUCAGAUGCGGUACGUUAGC